CGACCGCUGCGUUUUGGGAGAAUCUUCCGUCUGCUGCCAGAGACUCCUCUUUUUGACCACCGCCAUGACAGCCACGGCUCCAAACUCAACGCCCGUGCUUUCUAAGUCUGUGCCGCCCAGGAGCUUAACCCCUGACGCAGAGGCACUCGGAUCGUGCAGUUCGCUCCCAUUCGAUGCCGGUGAAGGGUCCUCCGACACUGGCAUCACUCCCUCUUCGACCACGGGUGUCUCGUCUGCUUCUACAACCGCCAAAACGUCCUCGUCAGUACCUGACACCGAAUAUCCAAAGCUGCCAUUGCACGAGUUUGUAUGGGGGGAGAAACUAGUACGGAAUACUCUCCCACAGGCUGCUAUACCUCCCUGGCUCGAUCCCCUCCACGUAGAUGUGGACGACCCCAAGAAGCUUCCUCUGUGCUGGUACGGAGUAGAAUUCCUGCCCGGCCUUGUCUUCAAGUACGCAGAACGUGUCGGUCUCGCCGCCUAUCUCAAGUUUACCUGCGCCCACAUGAAGGAGGGGGACCUGGACCCAUUCGAGACGUGGAUCAGAUUCACCGACUGGUUUGAGAAGAAAUCGGGUCUGAAAGUAGAUCUGAUCGAUGUGUGGGGACAUGAGAUCCCAAUCAUGACCGUGUUCUCGAACCACGAGAUCCCUCGCAUUACGGAUCAGAUGUGGCGGAACGCCUGCGACCUGCUGGACGACAUGGAGUUUCCAGACGAGUUCCAACUCGAGUGGUACUUGGAUCGCAGAUUGGCGUACUAGAUGUUCUCCUGACCUCCCUUGUGCCAUAGACGCCACACGGUGACAUUUCUAUCCCUCGUAACCUCCUUUGUCCUUCAUAGUUUCGCUUCCGAGGAUGUAUAUGCACCUAGUUGUCCAUGUAGUAGAUCAAGACCGCCAUACGAAUUGUGGGCCAAUUUAUACCUUAGUUCACC